AAAAUAACCUAAAUUAAAAUAAAAACUCACGUUAGAAACAAAUGGGAUGUUGUUUAGCUCGUUAUGAAUUAGAAAAGGGGAAAAAGCUAAAGUAGUAAUACGAAUUAACUACAAAAGAUAAACUUAAAACCUUGACUAAAUUUGCAAGAGAAGAUCUAAAUUAAAAAGAAAAUGAUGAAUUUUAUAGUCCUUUGACUACUUUAAAUUAAAUCGAAGAAUCUCAAAUAAUAUAAAAAUCAGAUAUAUAAAGGAAAUAAGAUAUUUUAAAAAGUAAAAAGAAUAAAGUAGCAAUUCACAUUUUGAAUUAAAAUACUUUAAUAAUAUCUAAAAAUAAUCGAUUAAACAUUCCUUAAUUUUUAAAAGAAGCUGAAGAAGCAUUAUUUGAAUAUAAAAAAUAAAAGGAGACAGAAGAUCAGAAUUUAUAUUAAUGGGAUUAUGUAGAUAUAGAGAAUCAAAUUCCUCAAAAAUAUUAAGAAAAAUUUAUGGAAUUAAGAAACACUUUUAGAUAGAAAAGUCUAAAUAUAAGUGAAUUAUACAUAUUUAGAUUUUAUAAAAGUACAGAUUUUAAUUAUUCAUAAACAUAUAAACUUUUAAAUAAAAAUAUAUAAUGGAGAAUACAAAAUAAUAUUGAUUUUAUCUUCGAAGAGUGUUUUUCAGAAGUAAAUUAAAUUAAAAAGAUGAGUCCACAUGGAUUGCACUUUGUCGAUUUUGAAGGAAAACCUUUGUUUUUUUGGAAAGCUAAACAUUUUUAAUUUGAAAAAUUAAUUAAUAUUUUCAAAAAUAAAAAAAGACUUAUUUAAUAUAUAGCCUCAUAUUUAGAAAGAAUACUAUUAAAUGUUUUUUAAUUAUGUAGUAUUUAUUAAAAACGCUAAAUUCAUAAACUCACAUUUGUUAUUGAUUUUAAAAAUUGUAAAGGAAAAAUGAAUGAUUUUGAAUAACUGUUUGCAAUUUUUAUAGAAAUCGGGUAUUUUCAUUAUCCAGAAAUUCUUGAGAAUAUAUUCCUUUUAAAUUAAGAUUAUAUAAAAGAUUUAAAUUUGAGAAAAAUUAAUAAAUUGAUACCCAAAAAAAUUUAAAGUGCUCAAAAAAUACAAAUUUUAGGAGAUAAUUUUAUUAAUAAAUUAACCUAAUAAAUUCCUAUUGAAAGCAUACCAAAAUUUCUAGGUGGAAAAUGUCAAUGUAAUGAAAAAUAUUGCAUGAAUAACGAUUUAGGUCCAUAUUGAAGAAAAAUAUAAAUAAAAAACCUAAAUUUAAUUAUACUUGGAUCAUAUUGCUUUUUUUUUU